AUGGACACUCCGAGGCGAAUUACAAGAUCUCUAUCGAGGCAGUCGUUGGAUUGCACGGCCAGAUCUGAGAUAACAUAUGUAACCGACACAUUAUCCCGGAAGCGGAAGAACCGUAACAAGCAACAACAAGAUACAGUCUUCAACGAUACAGUGAGUUGCUUCGAAUUCGGCGACAAUGCGAUCAGACGAAAUAUGCGACAAAUGCCGGCGAUUCCAGACGCUAGUCCAGAGCAGCAGAUAUUCGAGCCGUUCGAUUUGCCUUUGAGAAAUAAUAGAAAAAAAGAAGAACCGGUGGAGUUAUGCCAGGCGCCUUUUCCGUCGGCUAGACCUCAGAAUCAGGAAAAUAAUAAUGCUGACUUGUCCGAAAAAGACUCACAAGAUGAACCUGUAGAUACUCAAGAAGAAAUAGAAAAAAAUCACCUCAGAAAAAUCUCCGAAAUCAUCACGAAUAUGUACAGAAUAGGAAAAUACAUCAUCGACUCGAAAUGGUUCUCGCACGCAAUUACAGUCAUUCUUCUGCUCUUAGCCGUGCAAUAUAUAAAUAACUCGGAAAAAAAGAUCAUACAGUCAGAGCCAGCGCAUCAGUCGAGGAUGGAAAAGGAAAUCAACAACCUCCGUCAUGAGCUUGAAAGUUAUGCGAUAAAGUCAAAAGAAAGUUACUCAAUGGAGCUCAAGAACUGCUUGAAAGUUGCCUCGGACAUUCGCACUGAGAUGGGAGCACAUGUGCUCUCGCUUGAAGAUAAACUUCGCCAAACUCAGUCAGAACUAAGUUUGUAUGUUGGCAGGCUACAACAAGAUGUGAAGGAACUUCUCAACUUCAAGAACGACACUGCGCAAAGCGUCAAGAUCAGAUUUGAUCAUUGGAUCAAAGAUGAAUACAAAUCAGACGAGUUCAAGGCUGUCGUUGAGGAGCAGAUUGAUAGAAAAACAAAGAAAGGAUCGAUCUUUGACUCAUUGGGCUCUUUUGGAUCUUCUGCCAAGUUGGAGGAUGUCGAAGCAUUGAUUUCUGCAAAACUUAGACAGUACCACGAGGAUAAAACGGGCCAAAUGGACUUCGCCCUUUCAUCUAACGGUGGUUCUAUCCUUGAGCAUCGAUGCACAGCUUCAAAGCAUGACCACAGUCGCUAUUGGAGGAUCCUUGGCCUUUCAGUGAUGCACUUCCAUAAUCAGCCAACUCGAGCGAUAGAAGACGACACUUCUCCAGGGAACUGUUGGGCCUUCGACGGAGCAAGAGGGCACUUGACCAUCAAACUGGGCAAACCAGUAAUGGUUACUUCCAUCACAGUCGAACACAUUCCCACGAAUCUCAGUCCUACCGGGAGCAUCUCUGCACCACGAGCAUUUACGGUAUCGGCGAUGAACAACGAAAACGAUCUCGUCGGACAUGAACUUGGCCAGUGGGAAUACAACAUCAACGACCAUCCGAUUCAGACCUUCAAUGUGAUGAGAAAGAUGCAUUUCCCUUCAGGAAUCAUAGACUUUCGUUUCGAGUCCAACUGGGGAGGAAGCUACACCUGUAUCUACCGAGUUCGUGUCCAUGGUGAUCCGUUCGACUAA